AUGGGCACCUGCACCAGCCGCCAGCUCUACCUCGAUGACUUAAUCCCUGGCAACCGCCGCCACCAUGAGAUCUAUUUCGUGCAGCCCUACGAGUACCCAAAGGGUCAGGCCAAGAACUAUAAGUACUACCAGCGCGACAUCCCGACAAUGGGCCACGCGCCAUGCAGUUACUACAACAACACCCGUCGGUGCGACAUAAUCCGCUCAAACGUGGGCGUUAACCCCCGCAACGGAUUACCGCACCAUUACUGCCACAAUUGUGGUAAGAGCUACGACAACGUCUGGCAGUGGGACCUCCGUUUCAAGUGGUAG